GUUCUUGCAGUUUGCCGGUCUUGCACUUGAUUUACAACUUUCAAGACGUAAAGCCACUGAAUUAACCAAUGUUUGCAUGUUAUGACCUUGGACCAAGACAAGACUUUUGUGAGCUAAGCGACGAUAUGCGGAGACAUCUCUAGGAUUUUCUGCAUAGCUUAGGUUUCCUAGGAUGGACUGGGAUGACAGCAGCGUUGCGGGGACGGCCAAGAGGCCCGGGCCAAAGCAGACGCUGCAAAGCAGCAAGCAGGUCCCUGCAAAGGUUCAGGUCAAGCUGCCCAAGGCUCUGUUUGAGUCAGCACUGAGCUCGGGGAAUGCGUCUCUGGUGGAGCGCAGCGUUAAGGCGGAGGCCAGCCGCCCUCCUCCAGGGAGCUUACCGCCGGGUUUCAAGCUGCCGCCGAAGCCGCCGGGCAUGCUGGGCACCAACGGCGGCAGCCCGGGCAGCCCUGGCCUAAUCGGCACCGCCACCGCCACACACAGCCUGGCGGACCUGAGCGGCAGCCACAGCCUCAUGUCUGUGUCCACCUCGCGUGGGCCCCCGCUGCCCACCGCCACGCCGCCGGUGCCGCGGCGGGUGCCCACAUGUGAGAACUACUUCGACCCGGGGGCCAGCAGCGACGUGUUUCCGUCUCGGGCGGUGGAGGGCUCCUCGCUUGCAGACUAUUUUGGAGCCGGCGCCGGCGGCGCGGGCAGCCCCGCGCUGGAGGUGCAGGCGGACCCGGCGCACCCGCUGGGCUGGGUGCUGGCGGAGGAGACGCAGAUGGGCACGCGGCUGCGGCCGCGCACGGGGCAGCUGCCGGUGCGCACCACCACUUCCAUGCCGCUGGAGUACUUUGACAGUCCGGAGAUGGAGCUGGUGCAGCCGGAGGAGCGGCUGCGGCGGGCGCGCGAGGCGGCGGCGGCGGAGGGGCGGGGAGCGGACAGCGGGCCGGUGGGGGUGCCGGGGUUCAGCCGCUACUUUGACACGUCGGGCACGUUCAUGUGGGCGCCAUGCGUCAUGACCGACUACGACAGGGGCCAGGACAUGUACCACAUUACGUGGAACACCACGGGUAAGACCAAGUGGGUCAAGCGACUCAACCUGUUGUUCGCGGACGAGAACAAGUCGGGCUUCGCGUUCAGGCUGCGGCAGGCCCGCCGCCGGCGUGAUGAAUCGGAGGGCGAGGCGCGCUACUCGGAGUACGUGAGCAAGCAGCCCUUCAACAACAUCGACGUGCUGGAUGAGCACUUCAAGCGGAAGAUCUUCAAGCGCGUGGGCGGCGACGUGACGCAGCGCUUGGCGAGCAACGCUCAUGGCCACUUCGAGGACUUCCGCGCUAACUUCAAACACGCGGUCAAGUCGGCGAUCGUGGACGUGCAGUUCCGGCAACAAGACGCCGCCGCGCACCUGGCCGCAGCCAACAUCCAGCCCGUCAGCCACGGCAGCCACGCGCUGGUGCCGCCGCAGGGCUGUGUCAACCUGGAGGCGCUGCCUGCAGGGCGCGUGGUGGUUGUGAACCAGCCCGAGCACGCGGCGGCGGAGGGGCAGGACUGGUUCGCGCAGGACGUGGGGCGCGAGGGCUUUGAGCUGCUGCUGGCGGACGUGAAGCGGGGCGCGGUGGUGGGGCACCCGGCGCUGCUGACGGCGCUGCAGCAGAUGUACAAGGACCUGGACAUCAGCAGCAUGGCGCUCACAGUCACCGACAUGAGGGAGCUGCCGCUGCCUGCCCGCCUGGGCGACUACGCGCGCAUGCAGCGCAACCACCGCGAGCUGGUAGCGGACAUGCUGUCCAGCGACUGGACCAUCAAGGUGAUUGCCAUUGUGGAGCGCAUCCUGUCGGGCGACGACCCCGAGAUGACGGCGCUGGCGGUGGCGGAGGCCACACUGGCGGCCGGCGGCGCCACCGGCCUGGGCGGCACCAGCGGCGCGGCGCAUGCUCACGCCAACCCUUUUGGGCUGAGCCAGGCGGCGGUGAUGCGCUUCAUUAAGAUGGUGUCGCUGGCGAUGGCCGAUCAGCUGCGCACCGCUGUGCUGUCCAGCAUCCAGAUGUGCUGUGGCUUCUGGAAGCAGUACGACGUGCAGCCUGGCGACGGGCACAUCCGGGCGGGCUACCCCUCGGGCGAGGACGCGGGGGGAGCUGCAGCGGGCGGCGAGGGGCCGGCGGUGGAGCCGGCGAACGUGUGGUUUGGCCGCACGCACCCGCCGCCCGCCAAGUGGGGCGAGGACCUGCACGCCUCCUGGCCGCCGCCGCUGCUGCUGGUGUCGCUGCAGGUGGUGGACGGCGGCAUUCAGCUGGUGCCGCCGCUGGCGGAGGUGGAGGACACGGUGGUCCAGACCUAUGACGACAUCAUUGCCGCCACCUCCAAGGUUGACGACAUCAGCGUCAAGGUGGUCAACAUGGCCAUGGAGCAGUACCUGGCCAGUGUGGACCCCGUGGCCGACCCCGCCGCAGUGGCGGGCCGCGACCUGGUCCGCGACAUUGUGCAGAAGAACCUGGUGGCGCCCGCGGACCUGGUGGCCUCGUUCCAGGAGUUCGCCUGGCUGGUGUCGGCCUCCGUAGGCGAGUACGUGGACGCCUGGGCGGAGGCGGGCCACAGCCUGGCGGAGACGGACGCGGAGGUGGGCCGGCUGGCGGCGCUGGGCGAGGCGGUGGCGGCCAAGGCCGAGGGCCUGGUGGCCUUCCGGCUCCUGGCGGUGGACUGCAGCGGCGCGCAGCAGUGGCUGGGCGACAAGGCGGCGGCGCUGCGCAACGCGCUGCUGACGUGGCAGGCGGACACCUGGCACGCCGCCAACGUGGCGGCGGUGGAGCAGUUCGAGGCCAUCGUGGCGCGGCUGCACCAGGCGCCGGACAGCACGGAGGCGCUGGACGAGCUGGACAAGUUCGUGGAGAAGGUGGACGGCCGCAUGCCGGAGUUCGAGGGCGUGGUGGCGGAGAGCCGCGCCGUGGCGGACGUGCUCCACGGCGCUCAGCACGAGCUGGCCAUGGAGGCGUUCGAGACGCACUGGCGGCUGCUUCGCUGGCCGCUAGACCUGGCGGGCGAGCUGAUCGAGGUCCGCAGCCAGCUGGCGCGAUGGCGCGGGCGCUACCUGUCGCAGCUUAAGGCCGACAGCGCGGCUCUCAUCGCGGAUCUCGCCGAGCUGCAGGCGGAGGUGGAGCGCUUCGUGACGCUGGGCGACCUGAAGCAGGUCGACGACCGCACCGCCACCGUGCUGGACAUCGAGAACCGGCUCAACAGCUACGCCGAGCUGUCAGAGCUGUACGGCAACCGGGAGGAGAUCUUUGGCCUGCCCCGCUCCGAGUACCCGACGCUGGAGGACAUCCGCAAGGCCUUCGCGCCUUCCUCGGACCUGUGGAAGAUCGCCUCGGAGUUUGCGCGCUCGCUGCCCGAGUGGCUGGACGGGCCGUUCACGGAGAUCGACGCGGAGGCGGUGGCGGCGGACGUGGACCGCUGGUGGCGCUCCACCGCCAAGCUGGGCAAGCAGCUGGACAAGGAGCCGCUGGAGGUGGUGACGGCGGUGCGCGCCAAGCUGGAGGACUUCCAGGUGCACCUGCCGCUGAUCACCGCCCUGCGCAACCCCGGCCUGCGCGAUCGGCACUGGGAGCGCAUCUCCACAGCGGCCGGCUUCCCUGUGCGCGCCGACGCCGGCUUCAGCCUCAGCCGCGCGCUGCAGCUGGGGCUGCCCAAGCACCUGGCGGCCAUCGAGGAGGUGGCAGAGUAUGCCAGCAAGGAGUACUCGCUGGAGCGGGCGCUGGACAAGAUGCAGGCCGACUGGGCGGGCGUGGUGUUUGAGACCAUGACGUGGCGCGCCACCGGCACCACCAUCCUGCGCGCGCUGGACGACGUGCAGAUGCUGCUGGAUGACCAGAUCGUCAAGACGCAGUCCAUGCGCGCCUCGCCCUACAUCGGGCCCUUUGAGGACCGCGUGCGCCUGUGGGAGUCCAAGCUGGGCCUGGUGCAGGAGACGCUGGACCAGUGGCUGCGCUGCCAGCAGGGCUGGCUGUACCUGGAGCCCAUCUUUGGCAGCGAGGACAUCAUGCAGCAGAUGCCCAACGAGGGCCGCAAGUUCAAGGCCGUGGACCACACCUGGCGCCGCACCAUGGAGAAGCUGUCCAAGAACGCCGAGGUGCUGGUCACCUGCGCGGACGACGAGCUGCUCAAGGCGCUGGCGGAGGCCAACAAGCUGCUGGAGCAGGUGACCAAGGGCCUAAACGACUACCUGGAGACCAAGCGCCUGGCCUUCCCGCGCUUCUACUUCCUUUCAAACGAUGAGCUGCUGGAGAUUUUGUCCGAGACGAAGGAUCCCACACGCGUGCAGCCCUUCCUGCGCAAGAUCUUUGAGGGCAUCAACGCCCUGGAGUUCCAGCCAGACGGCACCGUGACAGCCAUGUCCAGUGAGGAGGGCGAGCGGGUGCCGUUCAAGGACACCUUCAACCCGCGCGAGAGCCAGGGCCAGGUGGAGCGCUGGCUGAUUGAGUGCGAGAUUGCAAUGCGCACGACGCUCAAGCACACCAUCCUCAAGUCGUUCAACGACUACGCAAAGGCGCCCCGCAUCAACUGGGUGACCUCCUGGCCGGGUCAGGUGGUUAUCGCCGUGGAUUGCAUGUACUGGACCAAGGAGGUGGGCGAGGCCAUCGCCAAGCAGGCGCUCCAGGACUACUCGCAGCAGUGCACCGACGAGCUGAUGAAGGUCGUCAACAAGGUCCGCGGCAAGCUGUCCAAGCUCGACCGCAAGACGCUGUCGGCGCUCAUCGUGAUCGACGUGCACGCGCGCGACGUGGUGGCGCAGCUGGCUUCCACUGGCGUCACCAGUGAGAGCGACUUCGCCUGGAACAGCCAGCUGCGCUAUGGCUGGGAGGGCGGCGAGGUGUCGGUGCGCAUGAUCAACGCGCAGAUCUACUACGGCUACGAGUACCUGGGCAAUGGCAGUCGCCUGGUCAUCACGCCGCUGACCGACCGCUGCUACCGCACGCUCAUGGGCGCGCUGCACCUCAACCUGGGAGGCGCACCCGAGGGCCCCGCCGGCACGGGCAAGACGGAGACCACCAAGGAUCUGGCCAAGGCCAUAGCCAUGCAGUGCGUGGUCUUCAACUGCUCCGACGGCCUGGACUACCAGGCUAUGGGCAAGUUCUUCAAGGGCCUGGCCAGCAGCGGCGCCUGGGCCUGCUUCGAUGAGUUCAACCGCAUCGACCUGGAGGUGCUGUCCGUGAUUGCCCAGCAGAUCCUGACAAUGCAGCGCGCCAAAUCGGCAGGCGUGAGCUCGUUCGAGUUCGAGGGCACCAAGCUGAGCCUGCGGCCCACAUUCUCGGUGUUCAUCACAAUGAACCCCGGCUACGCCGGCCGCUCCGAGCUGCCCGACAACCUGAAGGCGCUGUUCCGCUCGGUGGCCAUGAUGGUGCCCGACUACGCGCUGAUCAGCGAGAUCAUGCUCUACUCCAGCGGCUACCUGAAGGCCCGCGACCUGGCCCGCAAGCUGGUGGCCACCUACCGCCUGUGCUCGGAGCAGCUGUCAAGCCAGUCGCACUACGACUACGGCAUGCGCGCCGUCAUGUCAGUGCUGCGCGCCGCCGCCGCCAACAAGCAGCGCAGCCCGGACACGCUGGAGGACGUCCUGAUGCUUCGCUCCAUCCGCGACGUGAACGAGCCCAAGUUCCUGGCGCCCGACCUGCCGCUGUUCGCCGGCAUUCUGUCGGAUUUGUUCCCGGGCGUGGACCUGCCUGCCACCGACUACUCGGCGCUGGACGAGCGGCUGGUGUCCAACUGCACCCGCCUCAACCUGCAGCCCACGCCCACCUUCCUGGAGAAGGCUCACCAGCUGUACGAGAUGAUCCUGGUGCGGCACGGCCUCAUGCUCGUGGGCUACAGCUACGGUGCCAAGACCUGCAUCUACCGCACCCUGGCGGGCGCGCUGGCGGACCUGGAGACGGCGGGGCUCAUGGAGGAGCACAAGGUCCAGCUGCGCAUCAUGAAUCCCAAGUCCAUCACGAUGGGCCAGCUGUACGGCCAGUUCGACCCCGUCAGCCACGAGUGGAAGGACGGCGUGCUGGCCAAGCUGUUCCGCGAGGCGGCCGUGGACACCAGCACCGACCGCAAAUGGGUGCUGUUCGACGGCCCGGUGGACGCGGUGUGGAUUGAGAACAUGAACACAGUGCUGGAUGACAACAAGAAGCUGUGCCUCAACAGCGGAGAGAUCAUCCAGAUGAGCGCCAGCAUGAACAUGAUCUUCGAAGUCCAGGACCUGGCUGUGGCCUCGCCCGCCACCGUGUCGCGCUGCGGCAUGGUGUAUGUGGAGCCGGAGCAGAUGGGCUGGCGCCCGCUGCGCGACAGCUGGAUGCACACGCUGCCGCCCACGCUUGGAGAGGAGGCGCGGGCGCACCUCAUCGCGCUGUUCGACUGGCUGGUGGACCCCUGCGUGGCGUUUAUCCGCAAGAACUGCAAGGAGCUUGUGCCCACAGCCGACAUCAGCCUGCCCAACAACCUCAUGUCCACCAUGAUGUCACUCAUGGACGAGCUGAAGGACCCCAAGCAGGCUGCCGCCAUGGCUGCUCGCGACGUGCUGAAGCAGCUCGACGGCAUGUUUGUGUUCAGCCUGAUCUGGUCCGUGGGCGCCACCACAGACAGCGACGGCCGCAUCGCCUUCUCCGACUUCUUGCGUAAGCUGCUGGACGGAGGCGUGGACCGCAAGAUGACCCGCACCGACUUCGACCUGGGCCCGGGUCUGGAGAUCGCGGACCCCGGGUUCAAGCUGUCCACGCAGCUGCCCAAGGACGGGCUGGUGUACGACUACGUGUGGGACAAGCCGCGCGCUGCCUGGCGCCACUGGAUGGACAGCGGCAGCGGCGAGUCCGCAGCCGCCGCCAUCCCCGAGUCCGCCAACUUCAACGAAAUCAUUGUGCCCACAGUGGACACGGUGCGCUACACGUGGCUGCUCACACUGCUAGCCACGCACGGCCGCCACGUGCUGUUCGCGGGCCCCACCGGCACCGGCAAGACGGCGUACGUCAAGUCCGCCAUCGAGGCGCUGGACAAGUCGCUGUUCACCAACCAGCAGACCGCCUUCUCAGCGCAGACCAGCGCCAACAUGAUCCAGGACAUUAUUGACGCGCGCCUGGACAAGCGGCGCAAGGGCAUCUUCGGCCCGCCGGUGGGCAUGCGCUGUGUGGUGUUUGUGGACGACGUCAACAUGCCCGCACUGGAGGUGUACGGCGCCCAGCCGCCCGUGGAGCUGCUGCGGCAGUUCCUAGACCACAGCGGCUGGUACGACCGCGCCGAUAACACAUGGCGCCAGCUGGCGGACAUGCAGCUGGUGUGCGCCAUGGGCCCGCCCGGCGGCGGCCGCAACCCCGUGACGCCGCGCUUCGUACGCCAUUUCAACCUGGUGGCCAUCACCGAGUUCGACGACGCCACCUACACGCGCAUCUACGGCGCCAUCUGUGACUGGUGGUUCCGCCGCGCAAGGCUACCCGAGGACGUGCGUGGCAAGGGCGGCGCGCUGGUGAAGGCGACGCUGGAGAUCUACAACACCAUCCGCGCGCAGCUGCUGCCCACGCCCGCCAAGAGCCACUACACCUACAACAUGCGCGACCUGUCCAAGGUGUUUCAGGGCGUGCAGUCCAUCGGCGUGCCCGUGCCCGACACCCGCUCGCUGACCCGCCUGUGGGCUCACGAGACGCUGCGCGUGUUCCAUGACCGCCUGGUGGACGACGGCGACCGCACCUGGUACUGCACGCUGCUCAAGGACAUGGUCAACAAGCACCUGGGCCUCAAGUUCGACAACGUGUUUGAGCCGCCGGCCGGCAGCGGCCUGGCCAAGGGCGACGUUGCGGUGCUGCGCAACCUGCUGUACUGCGACUUCCAGGUGCCGGGUGCCGACCCUGCCAAGUACGACGAGGUCACGGACCUGCCCAAGCUGAUGACCGUGGUGCAGGACUACCUGGCCGACUACAACGCGCAGUCCAAGAACCGCAUGGACUUGGUGCUGUUCCUGUUCGCCGCCGAGCACAUCUGCCGCAUCAGCCGCAUCAUCAAGCAGCCCUACGGCAACGCGCUGCUAGUGGGCGUGGGUGGCAGCGGCCGCCAGUCGCUCACACGCAUCGCCACCUUCAUGGCAGACUACAAGCUGUUCACCAUCGAGAUCAGCAAGAGCUACACCGUGAAUGAGUGGCGCGAGGACCUGAAGCGCGUGCUGCGCCAGGCGGGCGGCGCGGGGCAGUCCACGGUGUUCCUGUUUAGCGACUCACAGCUCAAGGACGAGUCGUUCCUGGAGGACAUCAACAACAUCCUCAACACCGGCGAGGUGCCCAACCUGUUCGCCAAGGACGAGGUGGUAGGCAUCAUGGAGCAGGUCACCGCCCGCGCCAAGCGCGCCGGCAAGCCGCUCACGCCCGCCUCGCUGUUCGCCUUCUUCGUGGACGCCUGCCGCGCCAACCUGCACAUGGUGCUGGCCAUGAGCCCCGUGGGCGGCGCCUUCCGUGAGCGGCUGCGCAAGUUCCCCUCGCUCGUCAACUGCACCACCAUCGACUGGUUCAGCGUGUGGCCCUCCGAUGCGCUCAAGAGCGUCGCCUCCAAGUUCCUGCACGACGUGGAGAUGACGGACGACGCCACGCGCAGCGCGGUGGAGGACAUGUGCAUGGAGUUCCACGUCAACGUGCGCGCACUGGCGGUGGAGUUCAAGGCGGAGCUGGGCCGCCACUACUACACCACCCCCACCUCCUACCUCGAGCUGAUCCAGACCUACAAGGAGCUGCUGGGCAGCAAGCGCAAGCAGGUCCACGGCCUGAAGCGGCGCUACGAGGUGGGGCUGGAGAAGCUGCUGGCUGCGGAGCAGGACGUGGGCGCCAUGAAGGAGGAGCUCAUCGCGCUGCAGCCCAAGCUGAUCGAGACAGGCAAGGAGGUGGAGGAGACGCUCAAGAUCGUGGACCGCCAGACGCAGGAGGCGGAGGCCAAGAAGGUGGUGGUGCAGGGUGAGGAGGCGGUGGCGAACGAGAAGGCGGCGGCGGCCAAGGCCAUCAAGGACGAGUGCGAGGCUGACCUGGCCGUGGCGCUGCCGCUGCUCGAGUCCGCGCUGAAGGCCCUGGACACGCUCACCAAAGCCGACAUCACCGAGGUCAAGGCGAUGAAGAACCCGCCCAAGGCGGUCAAGGUGGUGAUGGAGGCGGUGUGCCAGAUGCUGUCCAUCAAGCCCAACAAGAUCAACGACCCCGCCAACCCCUCCAAGAAGAUCAACGACUACUGGGGCCCCAGCCAGGGCCUGCUGGCCGACACCAAGUUCCUGGACACGCUGCGAGCCUACGACAAAGACAACAUCCCGCAGCCCAUCAUCGCGGCGGUGCGGCCGUACUUGGACGUGGAGGAGUUUGACCCGCCCGUUGUGAAGAAGGCCUCCAAUGCCGCGUACGGCCUGUGCUGCUGGGUGCGCGCCAUGGAGAGCUACGACAAGGUUGCCAAGGUGGUGGCGCCCAAGAAGGCGAAGCUGGCUGAGGCAGAGGCGGAGUUCAACGAGCUGAUGGUGGGCCUGAACGCCAAGAAGGCGGAGCUGGCGGAGCUGGAGGCCAAGCUGGCGGAGCUCAACAAGAAGCUGGCGGAGAUGCAGGCGCGCAAGGCCCAGCUGGAGGCGGAGGUGGACCUGUGCGAGAAGAAGCUGGACCGCGCCACCAAGCUGAUUGGCGGGCUGGGCGGCGAGAAGAGCCGCUGGACGGAGGUGGCGCACAAGCUGGGCGGUGACUACAUCAACCUCACCGGAGACGUGCUGCUGGCCUCCGGCUUCAUCGCCUACCUGGGCGCCUUCACGGCGGCCUACCGCGAGCGCGCCACCAGCAGCUGGGUGGCGCUGUGCCGCGAGCGCCACAUCCCCUGCUCCGACUCCUUCAAGCUGGUGACGGUGCUGGGCGAGCCAGUCAAGAUCCGUGACUGGACCAUUGACGGCCUGCCUAACGAUUCCUUCUCCAUUGACAACGGCAUCAUCGUGUCCAAGGCGCGGCGCUGGCCGCUGCUGAUCGACCCGCAGGGCCAGGCCAACAAGUGGAUCAAGAACAUGGAGAAGAAGAACAAGCUGGAGGUGAUGAAGCUCAGUGACGGCGACUACAUCCGACGACUGGAGAACUGCAUCCAGUUUGGCACGCCCGUGCUGCUGGAGAACGUGGGCGAAGAGCUGGACCCCACCCUGGAGCCGCUGCUGCUCAAGAGCGUGUUCAAGCAGGGCGGCGGGCUGUGCAUCCGCCUGGGUGACGCCACCAUUGAGUACAGCGAGUCGUUCAGGUUCUACAUGACCACCAAGCUGCGCAACCCGCACUACCUGCCCGAGGUGUCGGUCAAGGUGACACUGCUCAACUUCAUGAUCACGCCCGAGGGCCUCGAGGACCAGCUGCUGGGCAUUGUGGUGCGGCUGGAGCGGCCGGAGCUGGAGGAGCAGAAGACCAAGCUGGUGCUGGCGGGUGCGGAGAACGCGCGGCAGCUCAAGGAGAUCGAGGACCGCAUCAUCGAGGUGCUGUCCGCCAGCGAGGGCAACAUCCUGGAGGACGAGACGGCCAUCAACGUGAUCAGCUCCUCAAAGCUGCUGUCCAACGACAUCGCGCAAAAGCAGCAGAUCGCCGACAAGACCGAGCGCACCAUCGACGAGACGCGCCUGGGCUACAAGCCCGUGGCGCGCCACGUCAGCGUGCUGUUCUUCUGCAUCAGCGACCUGGCGGCCAUUGAGCCCAUGUACCAGUACUCGCUGCUGUGGUUCGUGAACCUGUUUGAGGACACCAUUGCGCGCGCGGAAAAGUCCAAGGACCUCACGCGCCGCAUCGAGGCGCUCAUCUCGCACUUCACGCACUCGCUCUACAUCAACAUCUGCCGCUCGCUGUUCGAGAAGGACAAGCUGCUCUUUUCCUUCGCGCUCACCGUCUCCAUCCGCGCGCACAUCAAGCAGCAGCUGGACCUCAACCUGUUCCGCUUCCUGCUCACCGGCGGCAUCGGCACAGCGGAGCCGCCGCCUAACCCCUCCGACUGGCUCGCGGACAAGUGCUGGAGCGAGAUGUGCCGCCUGGCGGAGCAUUUCGAGGCCUUCAAGGCACUGCCUGACUCGUUCCGCGACGACCCCGGGCCGUGGCGUGCCAUGUACGACAGUGCCGACCCCACCAAGUUCAAGCUGCCGGAGCCCUGGCACUCAAAGCUGGACGGCUUCCAGAAGCUGCUCGUCGUGCGCCUAAUCCGGCCCGACAAGCUGGUGGGCGCCAUCCAGGCCUACGUGCACGAGGUGAUGGGCCAGAAGUUCAUCGAGCCGCCGCCCUUCGACCUGGACCGCUGCUACCAGGACUCCACCUGCCUCACGCCGCUCAUCUUCGUGCUCAGCCCCGGGUCGGACCCCAUGUCGGGCCUGCUCAAGUACGCGGACGCGAUGCGCAUCAACGUGGAGAGCAUCUCGCUGGGCCAGGGGCAGGGGCCAAAGGCCUCCAAACUGAUCGAGGCGGCCCAGGAGGCGGGCGGCUGGGUGGUGCUGCAGAACUGCCACCUGGCCGUCAGCUGGAUGCCCACACUGGAGCGCCUGUGCGAGGGCCUGACGCUGGAGAACACCGCGCCUGCCUUCCGGCUGUGGCUCACCUCCUACCCGAGCCCGUCAUUCCCGGUCAGCGUGCUGCAGAACGGCAUCAAGAUGACCAACGACCCGCCCAAGGGCCUUCGCGCCAACCUGCUGGGCUCCUAUCUGUCCGACCCCGUCAACGACCCCUCCUUCUUCGAGGGCUGCAACCGCCCCGCGCCCUUCAAGAAGCUGCUGUUCGGGCUGUGCUUCUUCCACGCCUUCGUGCAGGAGCGGCUCAAGUUCGGGCCGCUGGGCUGGAACGUGCCGUACCAGUUCUCCGCGCCCGACUUUGUCAUCUCGGCGCGGCAGCUGCAGAUGUUCCUGAACGAGAUGCCGGCAGGCGACCCCGCCGCGCCCGUGCCGCUGCCCGCGCUGCGCUACCUGACGGGCGAGUGCAACUACGGCGGCCGUGUGACGGACGCACACGACCGACGCACGCUGAUGAGCAUCCUGGACAUCUUCUACACCCCCGCGGCGCUGGGCGAGGGCUACGCCUUCUCGCCCAGCGGCCGCUACUAUGCGCCGCCGGAGGGGCACGCGGAGAGCUACCUGGGCUACAUCCGCGGACUGCCCAUCCUGGCAGACCCGGAGGUGUUUGGUCUGCACGCCAACGCCGACAUCACCAAGGACCAGCAGGAGACCGACCUCAUGCUCUCCUCCCUGCUCGCCGCCUCCUCCGGCGGCGGCGGGGGCGGCGGCGCCGGCCACGGCCGCGACGCGUUGCUGGCCGAGGUCGCGGCAGACAUCAUGGCGCGCGUGCCGCAGCCCUUCGACAUCGAGGCGGUGCGCUUCAAGUACCCGGUGGAUUACUUUGAGUCCAUGAACACGGUGCUGUGUCAGGAGCUGGUGCGCUUCAACCGGCUGCUGGAGGUGGUGCACGAGAGCUUGGCGGGGCUGCAGAAGGCAUUGCGCGGCCUGGUGCUCAUGAGCGGAGACCUGGAGGCGCUGGGCAACGCCAUGUAUGACGGCCGCGUGCCAAAGCUGUGGAUGGACAAGUCCUACCCCAGCCUCAAGCCGCUGGCCUCCUACGUGGCCGACCUCAUAGAGCGCUGCCGCAUGAUGAGCGACUGGGUGGAGCACGGCCCCCCGCCCGUGUUCUGGAUCAGCGGCUUCUACUUCACGCACGCCUUCCUGACCGGCGUGAAGCAGAACUACGCACGCCGCCAGCGCAUCCCCAUCGACACUAUCACCUUCACCUACACCUGCAUGCAGGGCCACGCCGACGACUACAAGACGGCGCCGGAGGACGGCGCGCUCAUCAGCGGCAUGUUCGUGGAGGGCGCGCGCUGGGACCCCGAGUCCUGCAAGCUGCAGGAGUCGCUCCCCAAGGUGCUGUUCAGCCCCGCGCCGCUGAUAAAGCUGUCGCCCUGCGACGCCGCGGAGCAGGCCACCUUCCCACACUAUGAAUGCCCGCUGUACCGCACGCCCGAGCGCCGCGGCGUGCUCGCCACCACCGGCCACUCCACCAACUUCGUGAUGGAGCUGAUGAUCCCCUCGGACCAGCCGCAGGACCACUGGACGCGGAGAGGCGUGGCGUUCCUGCUGUCGCUGGCGGAUUGAGGGGCGCGGGGAUGAUGGAUUGGUUGGAUUGGUUGGGCGGAUGUGGAGGUGGUGGUGAUGGUGUGGGAUGGUGACAGGGGUGACAGGAGGCUGUGUGCGUUCAUGGUCAUGAUGGGUUUAGGGGGUGUUUUAAAGUAAGAACUUGCAUGGGACAGGGCUGUCUGGGCGACGGGGCCCCGCCGAAUGAAUUGACUGGCGCACGCCAACGCACUUACUCCCAUAGAGUCGUGACGAAAGGACAAGUACAACGGUAGACAUAAACUGACGCGUUACAAUACGGCCGUGUAAGGGUAUGGUGUAGAGGGCCUGCGACUAGUUUAAGUUGCUGGCCUGCUGGCAUCGGUGGGACCGCACGUGCGGGUGGGAACAUAAUGGAAUGUCGCGUGGGUGUGUGGCGUGCGACCGAGCGGGCACAGGUGGGCCCGUGAACGCCCGUACUACCUGCUGAAGCCGGCAGGUGUAACACCUGCGUCGUGAAACUCACUCAUCUGGUGAACAUCGCAGUGCAGAAUGCUGUGCAGAAUGCUUGUGCCCCCGAGUCUGGUUCCUCACGUCCUGGCAGCGCGCCCGUGGCAAGAGGGAGCCGGUUUGCGCAUUCAUGGUAGGGGCUGGCCGGCAAGCUGGCAGGUGCGUGCGUGUUGGUGUGGGAUGGAGCAUUUAAGCGAGCGGCA